AUGCGCGCUCCCUUGCUGCGCACGGCUUUCACAGCCAGAUCAUUUACCGUGAAACCACACUUCUUUACCACCUCCCGGCCCUUUUCCGGAUCACAAUCGAAGACCAUGUUUACCACGCAACUAUCUGAGGCCCAGGUGACAGCCCUGAGAGUCAACAAGGAUCGUCUAGCGAAAGACUUGCACCAUUCUUGUCAAUGGGGCUACGGGAUCCGGUGGGGAGACGGGCCAACGGACACUGGCAUGCAGCGUCUAGCCCUAUCUAAAGAAGACAAGAGUGCUCGUGAUUGGUUUAUUCAGACUAUGAAAGACCUCAAAUGUGAUAUCACGGUCGACGAGAUGGGGAAUAUCUUUGCAGUUCGUCCUGGCCGCAGAAAGGACGUGCCUGCUACCUUCAUUGGUAGCCAUCUUGACACACAGCCUACCGGGGGGAGGUACGAUGGGAUCCUAGGUGUUUUGUCUGGAGUGGAGGCGCUCAAAACCAUGGAUGAAAUGGGCCUGGAGACGGAGGGUGGAGUCGGAGUCGUGAACUGGACCAACGAGGAGGGUGCCCGGUUUCCAAUGAGUAUGGUCUCAUCAGGUGUAUGGGCCGAAUGCAUUCCACUCUCUCAAGCGCACGAUCUCAAGGAGGUGCCGACGGUAGCAUCGCUGCCAACAGCAGGGUCCGCGCCGGAGACAAUGAAGACUGCCCUGCAGAAGAUUGACUAUCUGGGAAGCACCAAAUGUUCAUACAAGCAGAUGCCGAUAGCUGCCCAUUUCGAGCUGCAUAUCGAGCAAGGCCCCCACUUGGUUUCUGCUGGCCAGCGUGUCGGCGUCGUGACAGCCGUGCAGGCAUACCGGUGGUUCCGAGUUAAUGUGAUCGGCCGGGACACACACACGGGGACAACGGCCUUUGAGCACCGAGCGGACGCCCUGUACGCUUUCUCGAAGAUGAUGGUGCGCGCGCGCGAGGUCGCUGCCGCUAAAGGGUGUCUGGCUAGUGUCGGGAUUGUUGAAGCUAAGCCUGGCAGUGUCAACACCGUCCCGGGGCUGGUCAGUUUUAGUCUCGAUGUCCGCGGGCCAGAGACGGAGCUGGUCGCCGAGGUUGAGAAGGAGCUGCGUGCGGAAUUUGAUGCCAUUGCUGCCGCCGAGGGCGCCGGGAUUGGCAAGCCCUGUCGCGUCGAGUGGACACUGGACUUUGACUCGCCCGCUGUCAAGUUCCACCCGGACUGCAUUGACUGUGUGCAGCAGUCGGCUCUUGCAGUUGUCGCGGAUGCGAACACUGCAGACCCCAAGUCCCUGGUGCGGCCCAUAAUGAGUGGCGCCGGUCAUGAUAGUGUCUUCACGUCCAAGCGUGUCCCGACCAGUAUGAUCUUUGUCCCGUGCAAGGACGGACUGAGCCAUCAUCCGGAGGAGUUCUGCUCGGCAGACGAUUGUGCGACUGGAGCCUCGGUCAUUUUGCAGGCUGUAGUUCGGUAUGAUCGGAAGAGGUUUGCGUAG